CGCAGGUUUGCAAUGGAAAGAAUCUGCCUGGUGGCAAUCACUGACCCCAAAGAAGCUGAAAAGUAAGAGCAGCAGCUGGGAUUUUCCGCCUGAUCCUGCCAGCUGGGGUCUCGCAGGGCGCUUUCCUGGUGGAGGGGCGAGUGCAAGAAGGAUGCCCAUCUUGCAUUUGCAUUCCAUGCUUGAGCUCCUGCCUUUCCUGCUUCUGCUGCUGCUGUUCUUGGCGCUAGGUUUUUUCCUGAUCUAUCUCCAAAAACCCGAACCAGAAAGCAAGAAGAAUUAGGGGUAGGGGCGGUUCUUCUCUAUGCAAAUAAGGCACCAAAGAUGCGAGCGCUCGAGUCCUGAAAAGAAAACUCUCCGGGAGAGCGAAGAGAAAAGCCGGAGCAGGGUUUGCCACUAACAGCCACUUCCCUAACUGCGCUGUCGGAGCAGGCCAGACAUGGGAGACACGGGCAAAGAAGAGUAUAAAAUACAGUCGUUCGAUACCGAGACGCAGCAGUUACUGAAAACUGCUCUCAAAGACCCCAGCAGUGUGGAUCUGGAGAAAGUGGCUAAUAUCAUCGUGGACCAGUCCCUCAAAGACUGUGUGUUCAGUAAGGAGGCUGGGCGCAUCUGCUACACCAUCAUCCAGGCAGAGAGCAAGCAGGUGGGCCAGAGCAUUUUCCGACGGAGUCUGCUUAACCGACUGCAGCAGGAGUAUAAGGACCGGGAAGAGCUGCGAGCCCGCUCGCCCCAGGCAUGGAUCUGUUACGUCACCUUCAUCUGUAACAUCUUUGACUACCUGAGGGUGAACAACAUGCCCAUGAUGGCGCUGGUGAACCCAGUUUAUGAAUGCCUGUUCCGACUGGCGCAACCUGAUAGCCUGAAGAAGGAGGAGGAGGUGGACUGCCUGGUGCUGCAGUUGCACCGCAUUGGUGAACAGCUGGAGAAGAUGAACUCCCAGCCAAUGGAUGAGCUCUUCUCCCUUCUCCGAGAUGGUUUUCUCCUGGAGGAGGGGCUCAGCUCACUCUCUCAGCUCCUGUUGCUGGAGAUCAUAGAGUUCCGGGCUGCAGACUGGAAGAUGACAGAUGCGGCUCAAAAAUACUAUUACAGUGAAGUCACAGAUUAAACCUUCCAUAGCCAGAACUAACUCACUCAGAGGCUCAAAGUUUCACCCUGGCACUUUCACGAGCAAACGUCACACAAAUAUGUUUCAGAUAUUUUUAAGUUAACAUUUUUCUAAUGCUUUUUCUAAAUAGGAUUUAUAUUGUUUACUCCCAAUAGACCCUUCGUACUGUGUCUUUGCUGGACUGCAACGGGGGACAGUUUGAUUGGGGGGCAAGGGCAGUUUUAACCUAGCCAGAGCUUCCAUUCUCUUUAUCUAUGGUUCAGGUUAAUUAAUGCCUCUCAAACUGUUGAUUAACUGUAUCCACAGCUUCCAGCUCAAAACAGCAUUUUACAGUAGCAGUCAGGAAAGCACAGCCAAUGGUUUAUACUGAGAUCAGCUCUUAUGUGCCAACUUCGUCAGCCACCAACAGAGUUGAGACAAGUGGAAGGAAAAGCUUUCGCAGCUUAUUUGGAAAACUGCCCUCUUUGCUGCUUACUGCCACAUGGAAUCCGUGCCCAUAACACACAAACCAAGCUUUAAAAACAGUCCUCCAGGAUGAGUCUCAUCUUGCUCCCUGUGAAAUCAAUGGGAGAAUGAUUGAGCCCUUUACAUGGGCAAUCAGUUGUUAUUUCUCCCAACCCUGCCCUCUGGCAGGCUGGGUGCCUAUGGACAGCAGAAGUAACACCUGCUUCUGGAGAAAGGAGAAGCCAGCUAGUGUACAUCAUAGCAGCAAUUUCCUUGAGCACAUGUAGCUAGAAACUGUUUUUAUGAGUUUUAUAUAGUAACCACUAUGGAAUUUUUUC